AUGAGUCCGCACGAUGGUACUCAUUCUAACACAAAGUGUAAAUAUGUUGUUGAUCUGGAGAAAUCGUGCCUUUUGAAUAAUUUUGAAAAGCGUGGCUGGCUUCCGACGUCAUUGGAAAAUGGCGACUGGAACUUCUACUGGUGCGCUGUUCACAACCUCAAGUACCUUUUCGGAAUCGAAGCUACGAUGAGAAUGAAUGACAAUCAACUUGUCAACCAUUUUCCGAAUCAUUACGAACUUUGCCGAAAAGAUUUAAUGGUGAAAAACAUCAAAAGAUAUCGAAAAGAACUCGAGAGAAACGACCACUGGCUUGCGGAGAAGGACAGCGAUGGGAAUUAUGUCCAUCUUGACAUCGUGCCGUCUACAUACCUUCUCCCCGCGGACUAUAAUUUAUUCGCGGAGGAUUUCAAGCGCCACCCAAACUCAACAUGGAUUAUGAAGCCGUGCGGAAAAGCAAGGGGCAUUGGCAUUUUCCUCAUUAACAAACUUUCGCAAUUGAAAAAUGGGCAAAUGCGCGGACAAAUAUCCCUCAGCAAACGACUAGAGAUACUUACGUUAUUUCCCGCUACAUCAACAACCCGCUUCUCAUCGGUGGAAAGAAAUUCGACUUACGAAUCUACGUCCUCGUCACUUCUUUCCGCCCCCUGA